UCUACAGCUGUCACUACUCGAGUUAAGCUUUAUAAUAUUUGAGUGUUCGAAGUUCUGGAGCGUAAGCAGCAUUCUCAGUACGUACUAGUUUCACUUGGCAUUUGAAUGAAAUCGGUAAACCAAUGGCGUUUCGUCCUCCUAGACUGCCGAAAAAUCAAGUAGUCCCAGGGUUUUAAUGAGAAGGAAAGUAGGACGGCGUCAGGGAUUGGGAGCUAGAAGGCACGCACUGGGUUGAAGCUAGAGAAAAAGUCGGAAGAUAGAGCUGCGCCUGUAAUUGCUUUCGAAGCCGCAGCCACUCGAGUGCCGGACUUGUAAGUACUCUGCGCCUCCCAUGCUCGGACUGAAGUCGGAGAACUCUCCCAGCUACGCGACGAGAUCCUGCACAACUACCUUCUUUUGCUCUCCCCGCCAGACUAAGGGACAGAACAACUGCCACCCUUCCUCUGCCUACCAGAUGGGGGGGCAAAAGCAGUAGCUGACCAGCACCGCCUCCUUCCGACCCGGGAGGUGGGGAUCUCCCCACCCCGCCCCGCCGGGUCCAGCCAAAUUCAACAUUAAUUUUCUCCUCCCGCUGCUCCUAUAUUCCCUACACCCCCACCUCCUUCCCCUAUCCCUCCUCCUUACAAACAGGGGAGGAGAUAAGGGGAGUCCAGGUCGUCAUGACAGAGCUGAAGGCAAAGGAACCCCAGGCUCCCCACGUGGCGGGCGCCGCGCCCUCCUCCACACUGCUCGGAGCGCCUCUGCUAGGACUCCGGGACGCUGGCCCUUUCCAGGAGAGUCAGACCUCGAACUCCUCCCCUAUAGUCUCAGCUAUACCUAUCUCUCUGGACCCGUUGCUCUUCCCUAGGCCUUGCCAGGGACAAGACCCGGACCCGAAGACACAGGACCAGCAGCCGCUGUCAGACGUGGAGGGGGCGUAUCCCAGAGUUGAAGCCACAAGCAGUGCAGGAGCUGGCAGCUCUAGACCCCCAGAAAAGGACAGAGGGCUGCUGCACAGUGUCUUGGACACGCUACUGGAGCCUUCAGCUUCCGGGGAGACCCACGCCAGCUCUCCUGCCUGUGAGGCCGCCAGCCCUUGGUGCCUGUUUGGCUCUGAGCUUCCUGAAGACCCCCGGGUUGCCCCCACCACCCAGGGGGGGUUGUCUUCGCUCAUGAGCCGGCCAGAGGGCAAGGCUAGCGACAGCUCCGGAACGGCAACUGCCCACAAAGUGCUGCCCAGGGGUCUGUCACCGCCCCGACAGCUGCUGCCCCUGACCUCUGGGAGCCACCAUUGGUCUGGGGCCUCAGUGAAACCAGCUCCGCAGCCUGCUGUGGUAGACGUAGAGCAGGAGGAUGGCUUGGAGUCCGAAGGCUCCGUGGGUCCACUUCUGAAGGGCAAAUCCCGGCCUCUGGGAGGCACGGCAGCUGGAGGAGGAGCUGCAGCCACCGCUCCUGGGGUGGCCGCAGGAAACGUCACCCUGGUCCCCAAAGAAGAUUCCCGUUUCUUGGCGCCCAAGGUCGCCCUGGCGGAGCAGGACGCGCCAGCGGCGCCUGGGUGCUCCCCGCUGGCCACCACGAUGAUGGAUUUUAUCCACGUGCCCAUUCUGCCCCUCAACUCGGCCUUCCUGGCCGCCCGCACCCGUCAACUGCUGGAAGGGGAGAAUUAUGACGGCGGGGCCGCGGUUGUCAGCGCCUUUGCCCCGCCGCGGGGCUCACCCUCGGCUUCUUCCACCCAGGUCGCUGCUGGCGACUUCUCCGACUGUGCGUACCUGCCCGACGCCGAGCCCAAGGAUGAUGCGUUCCCGCUCUACGGCGACUUCCAGCCGCCAGCCCUGAAGAUCAAGGAGGAGGAGGAAGGCACCGAAGCCGCUGCCCGCUCCCCGCGGCCGUACCUGGUGGCGGGUCCCAACCCCGCAGUCUUUCCGGAUUUGCCGCUGGCGCUGCCGCCGCUCCCUCCGCGAGCGCCGUCGUCCAGACCCGGGGAGGCCGCGGGGGCGACCGCCGCACCCGCCAGUGCCACAGUCUCGUCCACGUCCUCGUCUGGGUCGACCCUGGAGUGCAUCCUGUACAAAGCGGAGGGCGCGCCGCCCCAGCAAGGCCCGUUUGCUCCGCCGCCUUGCAAGGCGCCGGGCGCAGGCGCCUGCAUGCUGCCGCGGGACGGUGCCUCCACCUCAGCUUCUGUUGCUUCCGCCGGGGCGGCCCCUGCGCUCUACCCGCAGCUCAGUCUCAACGGGCUCCCGCAGCUCGGCUACCAGGCCGCAGUGCUCAAAGAGGGCCUGCCGCAGGUCUACCAGCCCUAUCUCAACUACCUGAGGCCCGACUCAGAUGCCAGCCAGAGCCCACAGUACAGCUUCGAGUCCUUACCUCAGAAGAUUUGCUUAAUCUGUGGGGAUGAAGCAUCAGGCUGUCAUUAUGGCGUCCUCACCUGUGGGAGCUGUAAGGUCUUCUUUAAAAGGGCAAUGGAAGGGCAGCAUAAUUAUUUAUGCGCUGGAAGAAAUGAUUGCAUUGUUGAUAAAAUCCGCAGAAAAAACUGCCCCGCAUGUCGCCUUAGAAAGUGUUGCCAGGCUGGCAUGGUCCUUGGAGACAUUUGUAUCCACUUUGAAGGCUAUUACAUACAGUGCAGCUGUGAAACUUUUGCACAUUCCAUCCCUCAGAAUAAAAUUCAUCAGGGUCGAAAGUUUAAAAAGUUCAAUAAAGUCAGAGUUAUGAGAGCAUUGGAUGCCGUUGCUCUCCCACAGCCUGUGGGCAUUCCAAAUGAAAGCCAAGCCCUAAGCCAGAGAAUCGCUUUUUCACCAAAUCAAGACAUACAGUUGAUCCCCCCAUUGAUUAACCUGCUAAUGAGCAUUGAACCAGAUGUGAUCUAUGCAGGACAUGACAACACCAAACCUGAUACCUCCAGUUCUUUGCUGACAAGUCUUAAUCAACUAGGCGAGAGACAACUUCUUUCAGUAGUCAAGUGGUCUAAAUCAUUGCCAGGUUUUAGAAACUUACAUAUUGAUGACCAGAUAACUCUCAUCCAGUAUUCUUGGAUGAGCUUAAUGGUGUUUGGACUAGGAUGGAGAUCUUAUAAACAUGUCAGUGGGCAGAUGCUAUAUUUUGCACCUGAUCUAAUACUAAAUGAACAGAGGAUGAAGGAAUCAUCAUUCUAUUCACUAUGCCUCACCAUGUGGCAGAUUCCACAGGAGUUUGUCAAGCUUCAAGUUAGCCAAGAAGAGUUCCUGUGUAUGAAAGUAUUGCUACUUCUUAAUACAAUUCCUUUGGAAGGGCUAAGAAGUCAAAACCAGUUUGAAGAGAUGAGAUCAAGCUACAUUAGAGAGCUCAUCAAGGCAAUUGGUCUGAGGCAAAAAGGAGUUGUCUCUAGCUCACAGCGUUUCUACCAACUUACAAAACUUCUUGAUAACUUGCAUGAUCUUGUCAAACAGCUUCAUCUGUACUGCUUGAAUACAUUUAUCCAGUCCCGAGCACUGAGUGUUGAAUUUCCAGAAAUGAUGUCUGAAGUGAUUGCUGCACAGUUACCCAAGAUCUUGGCAGGGAUGGUGAAACCUCUGCUCUUUCAUAAAAAGUGAAUGCCAUUUUUAUCUUUAAAAAUUAAAUUUUGUGGUAUGUCUAUUUUUCUUUUAGUCCGGAUUGUGAGGUCUUGAUUUUUACAAUGUUCUUCUCAAAGCCUUACAUUUAUGACGUAUCAUAUUGUGUAAAUUUCAGAGAGAAUUGUGAACUUUUAAUUGUUUUUCUUUAUAAAGCAUAACUAGAAUUUUUAAAGUGUUUUGUGUAGCCAUAUAUUCUUUAAGAGUUUACAAGAUUGAAAAAGUACUAAAAGUGAUUGCUAACAUAAACUUAAUCAUAUUCAUAGUAUUUCAUACCAUUUAGGUGAAGAUUUUUAACUUUUGCAUCUAACAAAUCUUCUACUUUAAAGGAAAAAAAUCUUACACAUAAAAAUAAAAAGUUAUUGUAUAUGUUCCUUCUAGGUAGCUCCCUUUGUCUUCUUGAUUAUAUUUACAUAAAUGAGCCUUUAAAUAAUGGUAUGCAAAAUUUUGCCUACAUGAACAUAUAUAUACAUUUUUGUGAGGAGGAAAUUUAUAACCUUUAUCAGGUUUUCUAAAGGGUUUUUAGUGCAAAAAGUCUAGAGAAAAAGAGUUUAAAAUCCCUGAAGUAGAUUGAGGGUUUGAUAUUAGGAAAACAGCUCAUAUAUAUAGACUCUGACUGUUUCCCAGAUUGGAAACACAGACUCUAAGGAAGUUAUUAAGGAAAGCCAUAUCACUAUGACAACAGUAUUAGCGGUUUUGUAGUUUUUUACUAACCUUUUUUGGGACUUGUCCUUUAAUGAGGCUUGUGAAUCAAAAUCGGAAGUCUGAAGAGUCUGUGGCCUAAUGCUACUCCUUACCAUCUGGAGCAGGUAGAAAGUCACUUAACCUUACUGAUUUUCAAUUUCCUCACCCUUACCACUGGUAUAAUAUAUUUCCUGCAAAAUGUUCCUUUUGGUCAAAGCUUCUUAUUCACUUCUUAAUCAAAAAAGAAAAGAAGGGGAGGGAGGAAAGGAAGAGGAAAAAAUAAAUAUUCUCUUUCUUCAUUCAGAAAGUCAUAAUGAUAAAUCACAGGUUGAAAAUUUUUGAGUGCCUCUGAUCCAAUUCUAAGAUAGGUAUUUCAAGAAAUACUAGAUACUGGAUUAAAAUAAUACAACCAAUUAUAAUAACUAGAAAACACACAAUUCACACUGUUAUAUGAACUUAAAAAAUAUUGCAUUAGAAUAUGGACAAGAGUAUUUUUAUGAGAUGAGUCACUGGAGAGCCAUUUAUUUUUUAAAGAUCUAUGUAUAUAUCUGUAUAUGUAAAUACAGAUAAAUAUAUAAAAAAUAACAGGAAGAACUAAGUUCAUACCACUGAUAAAAUUCAAUAAAAAUAAUCAUUGUUUUA